GUGUGGAGACUCUUCCCACUUGGAAGGAGGCUCGCCGACGCGCCUGGGAAGCAGAAAUCCGCGGAGCGCUCUGACUUCAACUCCGUACCACCUCACUCUCCCUUGUGUCGGGCUGGGGGUCUACAGCGAAGCCUUUAUCCUUUUAUUUUUCUUUUUUCUUUUAAAGCAAAACUAAAAUUCAGCCAAUCACCUCUAUAGUUUCAUUCAUGCGCUGCUGAGACGAGCGGAGCUGAAGAUGAAGAGUAGGCUCUCUCUGGCAGCGGUUGCUGCCGUCCUGGCACUGCUGCUGUCCUCCUCUCAGGCCCAGGAGCAAGUGGACCCUCCAUCAGACUUAAGAUUUAGGAUUUUAAGUGAGAACUCAGUGGAAAUGAUGUGGAGGAGACCACGGUCGAGGAUACAGGGUUACAGAAUAGAAGUGACCUCAGACACAGAAGAACCAACAAAAGAAUUUACUCUGCCUGCAUCUGCCACUAAGACCUCCAUUUCAGACCUGACUCCAGAUGUGGAUUAUGUCGUAAUGAUAACUGCAUAUUCUGGAUCAGAGCAGAGUCUGCCCAUCUCCGGCCAGAUCACACUUGAAUCUAGUGGAAGCACGAGAGGAACUUCCAGGAAACCAGACUCUUCAGAUUCAGUCAGAUGCUCUGCCAGCAUCAUCGGCGAUGUGGUGUUCUUGGUGGAUGGCUCCUGGAGCGUGGGCAGGCCGAACUUCAAAUACAUACGCUCCUUCAUCUCUGCGGCGGCCGGAGCCUUUCAUAUUGGCGAGGAAAAAACCCGGGUAGGCGUGGUCCAGUACAGUGAUGACGCCAGGACUGAGUUCAACCUGAACGAACACCACACCAGACCGGCGCUUCUGCGGGCCAUUGGCUCAAUGCCGUACAAAGGAGGCAACACGAACACAGGUGAUGCUCUGGACUACGUUCUGAGAAAUGCUUUCAGUGAGGCGGCCGGCGCCAGAAACGGUCUUCCCAAAGUGCUGGUGAUCAUCACAGAUGGCAAAUCUGAGGAUCCAGUGGCGAGUUAUGCCAAGCAGCUCCGGAGCACGGGGGUGGAGAUCUUUGUCCUCGGUAUCCAACAGGCAGAUGAAGAGGAGAUGAGGCUAAUGGCCUCUACCCCGUACAGCAGUCACAUCCACAGUGUGGCCACCUUCGACAUGAUAAAGAACGUGCAAAAACAGCUCAUUACUCGGAUGUGCGCUGGUGUAGAAGAUCAGCUCAAUGUAUUCGUCAGUGGAGAUGAAUUUGUUGAGCCAGCCUCCAAUCUCCAGGUCCUGGAAGUAAUCUCAAAGUCCAUGCGGUUGACGUGGGACCCCUCUAUCGGAGAUGUUUCCGGAUACAAGAUUCAGUUGAUCCCCAUGAUGACUGGCAGCAUGCGUCAGGAACUGUAUGUGGGCGCAGGCCAGACCUCGGUGGUGGUCCGAGGUCUCUCGGCAGAUACAGAGUACCAAAUCGUUCUGUUUGCCUUGAAGGGACUGACACCCAGUGAGCCCAUCACGGCCAUGCAGAAGACUCUGCCAGUUAGAGUCUCACUGGAGUGUUCCCUUGGUGUGGAUGUGCAGGCUGAUGUUGUCCUUCUGGUUGACGGAUCCUAUAGCAUUGGUCUGGCAAAUUUUGCCAAAGUAAAAGCCUUCCUAGAGGUGUUGGUCAAUACUUUUGACAUUGGGCCUGACAAAGUUCAGAUCAGCUUGGUCCAGUACAGCAGGGAUCCUCACCCUGAGUUCUACCUGAACACUCACCACGAUCUAAAUGCCGUGGUCAAGGCUGUGCGAAAUUUCCCAUACCGUGGCGGCUCCACCAACACUGGCAGGGCCAUGGCUUAUGUCAAGGAGAAGAUAUUCCAGGCUGCCAGAGGAGCGCGUGCCAAUGUUCCUCGUGUCACCAUCCUCAUCACUGAUGGAAAGUCAUCCGAUGCCUUCCAAGAGCCGGCCACCAAGCUGAGAAAUGCUGAUGUGGAGAUCUUUGCUGUGGGUGUUAAGGAUGCUGUGCGAAGUGAGCUUGAGGCCAUUGCUAAUUCACCUGCAGAGACCCAUGUGUACACUGUAGAAGACUUUGAUGCCUUCCAGAGGAUUUCCAAAGAACUCAUUCAGUCCAUCUGCCUUCGGAUUGAACAGGAACUCCGCAACAUCCUCCAGAGACAACUGAUCUCGCCGAAGGACCUGACCUUCUCAGAGAUUGGCUCCAGAAGCUUUAGGACCUCAUGGAAGACGGACGCCAUCAAUGUCGAGUCCUACCUGGUUCAGUUCAGGCCGGCGGAUGACCCCGACGGGCAUUUUGUGUCCAUGUCUGUGCCCGGGGACUCCCUCACUGCCUUCCUGCCCUACCUCAACCCUUACACUCGCUACGAAGUCAACAUCUACGCCCACUACGAGAAAGGGGAAAGCUUGCCUGUGACUGGCUAUCAGACCACGUUAGAAGAACAAGGCCCAGUUAGCAACCUCAGAGUAUCUGAAGAGACCACAGACAGCUUCAGAGUGUCAUGGGUAGCAGCUCCUGGACCGGUCAUUCGCUACCGACUCAACUAUGAACCGGUUGACGAUGAGAGCCCGAGGAUGGAGACGACCACCACUGGCACGGAGAUAACCACCGUGCUCCACGAGCUUCGGCCUCAAACCACCUACCGCGUCACCGUCACUCCCGAAUACCCGUCCGGUCCCGGAGCGCCGCUGCAGACUGUGGGCACUACCAAAGAAGAGGGGGGUCCUCCUAAAAACUUGGUCACCAGCGAUGUAACUGACACCAGCUUCAUGGCGUCUUGGACAGCGGCGCCUGGGAAUGUGAAUACGUAUCGUGUUCAGUGGAAGUCGAUGUUUUCCCAGGAGAUCCAAGAAAAAACAGUGCCAGGAGAUGAAACCAGCACCGUGCUGGAAGGUCUGACUCCAGAGACACUUUACCAGGUCUCUGUGGUUGCCGCCUACCCCCACAAAGAGAGCGAGCCACUCACGGGAUCAGAAAUCACAGAUGCGUCUGCUGAUGGGAAAAGACUGAGAGUGUCAGACGAGACAGAAAAAACCAUGAGAGUCACGUGGACGCCGGCACCGGGCAAGUUGCUCAACUACCGGCUGAAGUACGUUCCCCACAAUGGAGGCAAAGAAGUGGUCCAGAAAAUCCCUGCAAAGGCCACUUCUACUGUCAUGAAGAAUCUGAAGCCCGCGACCACAUACAAUAUCACCGUUCUACCCAUCUACAAGCGCAGGGAAGGAAAAGCAAGGCAAGGAGUAGGAACGACACUGUCACCGUACAAGAGUCCCAGGAACCUUCUGACCUCAGAGCCCACCAGGACCAGUUUCAGAGUGUCCUGGGAUCCAGCACCUGGGGAUGUCAGGGGCUACAAAGUCACCUUUCACCCCACAGGGAAUGAUAUUGACCUUGGGGAGCUCCUUGUUGGCCCCUACGAUAGCACAGUUGUUUUAGAGGAACUCAGAUCGGGAACAAAGUACUCUGUCGCUGUGUUUGGGAUGUUUGAUGGAGGAGAGAGUUUGCCUCUUGCAGGAGAGGAAAAGACAACUCUCAAGGAUGAACCCGAAUCUCCUCCUGUCACUCUUUCUGACAAUCAGUGUAAGACCACAGCGAAGGCCGACAUUGUGCUGCUGGUCGAUGGCUCCUGGAGCAUUGGACGCAUUAACUUCAAAACCAUCCGCAGCUUCAUUGGUCGCAUGGUCGGCGUGUUUGACAUCGGCCCAGAAAGAGUCCAGAUCGGUCUGGCUCAGUACAGCGGUGACCCAAAGACUGAAUGGCACCUGAACGCCCACCCCACCAAAGCAUCCCUGUUGAACGCUGUUGCCAACCUGCCAUAUAAAGGAGGAAACACCAUGACAGGAAUGGCUCUGAACUUCAUCCUUCAGAACAACUUCAAACCCAGCGUGGGGUUGCGUCCAGACUCCCGCAAAAUAGGCGUCCUGAUCACUGACGGAAAAUCCCAGGAUGAAGUCAUCUUAACUUCACAGAACCUGAGAGACAGCGGCAUCGAGCUCUAUGCUAUCGGUGUAAAAAACGCUGAUGAGAAUGAGCUGAGGUCCAUCGCCUCUGACCCAGAUAACAUUCACAUGUACAACGUCAACGACUUCAAGUUCCUGCUGGACAUUGUUGACGAACUCUCUGAAAACCUGUGCAACAGCGUUAAGGGCUCAGAUGAUGAGUCAGUGGCAGCGCCCACCGACCUGGUGACCUCGGAGGUGACGCAGAGCUCUUUCCGCGCUACCUGGACCCCACCCGACGGUCCCGUGGACCAAUUCCGCGUCACUUACGUGAUGGCGGCCGGGGGACCCACUGAGGAGGUGCUGGUCGACGGAUCCGUGAACACCAUAGUGCUGCAGAAACUGUCACAUCUGACCGAGUACAUUGUCAAUGUUUACUCUGUGGUUGGCGAGAUGGACAGCGAGCCUCUGAAGGGCACUGAGACCACAUUGCCGCUGUACACAGCGAAGAACAUGAACGUGUAUGAUGAGACCUCAGUCUCCAUGAGGGUCAGCUGGGACGGAGCAGUCGGCGCCACCGGCUACAUGCUGCUGUACAAUUCCGUCAAUGCCUCCGAGCCUCAGCUGGAGAAUGAGCUACGUGUUGGAGGGGAUGUAACCAGUACCCAGCUGGAGAAGCUGAUACCAAACACAGCGUACAACAUCAGAAUUUACGCUCUGUACGGAGAAGCCACCAGCGAGUCUCUGGAGGGCAUGGGAGUCACCUUGCCCAGGCCGGCUGCCGGACAACUGAGAAUCAGCGACGUUACUCACAGCACCAUGAGGCUCAACUGGGAUGCUGCUCCUGGACCCGUCCGCAAAUACUACAUCACCUACAAACCUGAGGAAGGAGAAGCAAAAGAGAUCGAAGUUAAUGGCGACAUCACCACCCUGGAGCUGUCCAGCCUCAUUUCCCAGACAGAAUAUGAUGUAGCUGUCACCCCGAUCUAUGACGACGGUCCCGCGACUCCGAUGCUCGGCAGCGCCAUCACGGAUGUUGUUCCUGCGCCCAAGAACCUGCGGUUCUCUGAGGUGACCCAGUCCUCAUUCAGAGUCACGUGGGAACACGGAGGCCCCGAUGUGUCCCUUUACCGUCUUGGCUGGUCCAAAAGGGGGGACUCAGACUUUCAGUAUGCUAUCCUGAGUAGCGACGAAACCUCCAACGUUCUGGAGAACUUGGACCCUGACACCGAGUACUCUGUCACCGUCACGGCCAUCUACCCAGAUGAGUCAGAGAGCGAAGAUCUGAUGGGAAAUGAACGCACAUUGUUAAAGUCGCCACUGUCCGUGCCUCCUGAGCCGCCCAAAAACCUGAGGGUUUUCAAUGCCACCACCACCACACUGACGGCGAAGUGGGAGCCCGCCCCUGGCACCGUCCAGAAUUACAAGAUCACUUACAGACCAGUCGCUGGAGGCGAGGCCCUCACAACGCAGGUUGGAGGGAAGAAGACUAGCGUCAUCCUGCAGAAGCUGGAGCCCGACACGCCGUACUCUGUCAGCGUCGCAGCGGUGUAUCCCACCGGCAUCAGCAAAGAUAUCUCCGAAGAAGGAAGAACUAAGCCUCUGGGUGGAGUCAGGAACCUGCAGGUGCUGAACCCGACCAUGACCACCCUGAAUGUGCGCUGGGAGCCCGCUGAGGGCCGAGUGAAGGAGUACAGAGUUAUCUAUGCUCCCGCUGCUGGAGGAGAUGAGAGCAUGGAAACUGUGUCAGCGGGCACAACCACCACCAUCCUGCGAGCCCUGCAGCCCGACACUCUCUACACUGUGACCCUGGUGCCGGUUUAUGCUGCAGGAGAUGGAAAGAGGAUGUCUGAAAAUGGAAAGACAAGACCUCUGGGAGGAGUAAAGAACCUGAGGGUGUCUGACCCCACAAUGACCUCUCUGAAUGUGAACUGGGAUGCUGCUGACGGAGCUGUUCGUCUCUACAAGGUCUUCUAUGUGCCCAAAGCUGGUGGCGAAGAGCAGAUGGAACAAGUUCCUGCGAGCACCACAAACAUCAUCCUCAGGAACCUGAUGCCUGAUACUCCUUACACGGUGUCGGUGUUACCCGUUUACCCUGCCAGGGAAGGCAAACGCCAGUCUGAGGAUGGAAAGACAUUGCCAUUGAGCGGAGUACGUGGCAUUAGUGUGACCAACCCGACCAUCACCACCCUCACUGUGACCUGGGAUCCUGCUGAUGGCAACGUUCAGGGAUAUAAUGUCAUCUAUGUUCCUGUGGAUGGAGGCCUGGAGAUUAAAGAGACCGUGUCUGAGAGUACCACCACAUUCGUCAUGAAUAAACUGCUGCCGGACACCCGCUACACCGUCACCGUGGUCCCCGUCUACGCCGAGGGAGACGGACCAAGCCUGUCUGAGACGGGCAAGACGAAGCCACUGGGCUUUGUGAGGAACCUGCAGGUGACCGAUCCCACCACCAGCACCUUGAACGUCCGCUGGCUGCCGCCUGAGGGGAAUGUGCGCGAGUACAUCGUGAUCUGGGUGCCCACAGCUGGAGGAGAGCAGGAUGUGGACUCGGUUCCUGGAACCGCCACCAGCACCGUGCUCAAGAACCUGGAUCCAAACACAGAGUACACUGUCACCGUGGUGCCCGUCUACCCCGAGAUGGAGGGAAAGCCCAUGUCCGAAAAUGGGAAGACAAAUCCUUUGGGUGGAGUAAAGAACUUGAAGGUGAUCGACCCGACCAUCAACACUUUGACAGUGCGCUGGGAUCCAGCAGUGGGCAACGUCCGGACCUACAAGGUCUUCUACACGCCCCAACCAGGAGGAGAAGAACGCAUGGAGGAGGUGUCUGGCGGCACCACCACCACCGUCCUGAGGAACCUGGACCCCGACACCGCGUACAAGGUGGCGGUCGUUCCAGUCUACCCAGACGUGGAGGGCAUAAGGCAGGAGGAGAAGGGAAAGACAAAGCCUCUGGGCGGAGUGAAGAAUCUCCAGGUGACCGACCCCACCGUCAACUCGCUGAGGGUCCGCUGGGACCCGGCCGAGGGCGACGUCAGACAGUACCAGAUCAUCUACGUCCCCGUCGCCGGAGGAACGGAGAGCGUGACUCAGGUGUCUGGGAUUACGACCAACACGGUCCUGAGAGAGCUGCGUCCAGAUACUGAGUACAAAGUGACGCUGGUUCCCAUUUACCCCGACACGGAGGGAAAACGAGCAUCGGAGAAUGGAAAGACCAAGGCUCUGGGAGGAGUGAAGAACCUCCAGGUCACUGAUCCCACCACCAGCUCCCUGAAGGUGCGCUGGGAACCGGCGGAGGGCAACGUCCGGCAGUACCGCAUCUUCUACGUGCCUGCAUCCGGAGGCGCCGAGGACAUGGAGCAGGUGUCCGGCGGCACCACCAACACCAUCCUAAGGAACCUGCUAUCAAACACUCCCUACACGGUGACCGUGGUCCCAGUUUACCCCGAAGGAGAAGGUCUCCGCCAGUCAGACAAGGGAAAGACACUUCCACGCAUGCCACCCAGGAAUAUCCAGGUGUACAACCCCACCACCAACACCCUGAAUGUGCGCUGGGAGCCAGCCACAGGCCAGGUUCAGCAGUACCGGGUGGUUUACGCUCCCUUUACCGGUGCAAGACCAUCCGAGUCGGUCCUGGUUCCUGGAAGUAUUAACAACGCCUUCCUGGACAACCUGAUACCGGAUACUCCCUACUCCGUCAGUGUCACUGCUCUGUACGCCGACGGCGAGGGAUCGCUGGUGAAGGACAAUGGCAAAACACUGCCCCGUGCUGGUCCCAGGAACAUGCGCGUGUUUGACGCCACCACAAGCACCCUGACCAUCGGCUGGGAUCACGCCGAAGGACCCGUAAGACAAUACAGGAUCGCCUACGCACCCAUGACUGGAGACCCCAUCACAGAGUUUACUGUGGUUCCAGGAAACAGAAACAAUGCCAUGCUUCAGAAUCUGCUCCCAGACACCCCAUACAACAUCACUGUGGAGGCCAUCUACGCCGAGGGGCCUGGAGGAUCCCUCAACGGGAACGGACGUACAAUCGACAUGUUGGGUCCCAGAAACCUUCGAAUCUCAGACGAGUGGUACACACGCUUCAGGGUGGCCUGGGACCCCGUGUCUGCACCCAUCCAGGGAUACCGGCUGAUCUACACCCCUGCAGGCAUGAACCAGCCCAUCGACUUCUUCGUUGGAGACGUGAGCUCUUACACUCUGACCAACCUGCAGCCUGGAACCACCUACGACGUCAAAGUGCUGGCACAGUACACCAGCGGCGUGAGCGCGCCGCUCAUUGGCCAGGGGACGACACUCUACCUGAACGUAACCAACAUUGAGACCUACAACGUCGGCCACGACAAGUUCUGCAUCAAGUGGACACCACACAGAGCGGCCACAUCGUACCGCAUUAAACUCAACCCAGCGGACCCAUCCAGUAAAGGACAGCAUGAAAUCACCAUUCCUGCCGGCCUGCCUCAGUACUGCUUUGACGGACUCUCUCCCGAUGCUCUGUACACCGCCACCGUCUUCGUUCAGACACCAAAUCUUGAAGGUCCAGGAGUCAGCACCAAAGAGAGGACCUUGGAGGAGCCAACUCCAGUCCCAACACUCCCGCCUACUCCAACACCUCCACCCACCAUCCCCCCUGGAUGGGCAGUCUGCAAAGGCGCCAAAGCAGAUGUGUUGUUCCUCAUCGAUGGCUCAUGGAGUAUCGGCGAGGAGAGCUUCACCAAGGUGGUGCACUUUGUCUCUGACAUGAUUGGCGCUUUUGAUGUCAUCGGACCCUCAGGGAUGCAGGUGUCGUUUGUGCAGUACAGCGACAACGCUAAGACCGAGUUCAAGCUGAACGCUUACCAGGACAAAGGCAUCGCCAUGGCCGCGCUUCCUUACAUUCGUUACCGAGGAGGAAACACCAAAACAGGAGAGGCGCUGAAACACACUUAUGAGAAGGCCUUCUCUCUUGAAAACGGGAUGAGGAGAAAUGUCCCCAAAGUGGUGGUAGCCAUCACUGACGGACGCUCUCAGGAUGAGGUGAAGAAGAACGCCGCCAGGCUCCAACACGCAGGUUACAGCGUCUUCGCCAUCGGUGUCGCUGAUGUGGAUUUCAUCGAGCUGCAGGAGAUUGGCAGCAAACCCAGCGAGAGACAUGUUUUCGUCGUGGACGACUUUGACGCUUUCAACACCAUCAAAGAAAACCUGAUCACCUUCAUCUGCGAAACUGCAACUUCCUCGUGCCCCUUGAUUUUUGUGAAUGGAUUUACUUCACCUGGCUUCAGGAUGCUGGAGGCAUUCAACCUGACGGAGAAGACCUACAGUUACAUCAAAGGUGUCUCCAUGGAACCCGGCUCCUUCAACAGCUACACAGCAUACAGACUUCAUAAGAACGCCUUCCUGACUCAGCCUACCACAGACAUCCACCCUCUUGGUCUUCCCCACGCCUACACCAUCAUCAUAAUGUUCCGCCUCCUGCCCGACACGCCCAAGGAGGCCUUCGACAUCUGGCAGGUGUCGAGCAAAGAUCACAAACCAGAGACCGGCGUCACCCUUGACCCAACCAGCCAGACCGUUUCAUUCUACAACAAAGACGAAAGAGGCGAGCUACAGAGAGUCACAUUUGACACAAGGGAAGUGAAGAAGAUCUUCCAUGGAAGCUUCCACAAGCUGCACGUCCUGGUUUCACCCACCAACGUCCAGCUCAACAUCGACUGCCAGGUAGUGGCCGAGAAGCCGAUCAAGGCCGCUGGAAACACGUCCAGCGAUGGCUACCAGGUCCUGGGCAAGAUGUCCAAAUCCAUCGGCUCCAAAGGAGAAUCGGCAACUUUCCAGCUCCAGAUGUUCGACAUUGUCUGCAGCUUGGCCUGGACCAGCCGAGACAGAUGUUGUGACCUCCCAUCGAUGAGAGAUGAGAUGAAGUGUCCGUCUCUUCCUAAUGCCUGCACCUGCACCUCGGAGGCCAACGGGCCGCCAGGACCUCAGGGACCAGUGGGCGCCCCCGGCAGCAAAGGUCCCCGAGGUGAAAGAGGAGAGCCCGGUUCUGCUGGACCGUUGGGCCCGCGGGGAGAUAUUGGACCACCUGGGCCCAUGGGUCUGCCCGGCCCUCAAGGACCAAGCGGGCUGUCGAUUCCAGGAGAAGCUGGCCGUCCUGGACCAAAGGGAGACCCCGGUGAUUCAGGCUUACCUGGGCAGAAAGGUUCUCGUGGUCCUUCUGGUCCUGUUGGCCCAAUGGGACCCGCCGGAGUGAGGGGCCCUCAAGGAAAGGAAGGCCCAGCUGGACCUAGAGGAGCCCCAGGGCCCAUGGGACCUCCAGGAUCUCCUGGAGUACCAGGUACCACAGGAAAACCAGGAAAUCCUGGAGACUCUGGUCCUCCUGGUCCCAGUGGUCUAAAGGGAGACAAGGGAGAGAGAGGCGACUUUGCUCCUCAGAACAUGAUGCGAUCCAUUGCCAGACAGGUUUGCGGACAGUUAGUCCAAGAACAAAUGACUCGGGUCAACUCGUUAUUGAAUCAAAUCCCCAGCGGCAUCUACCGCAACAAUAACCCAGGCCCUCCGGGCCCUCCUGGACCUCCUGGCAAUCAGGGACCCCGCGGGGAGCCGGGCGCCACAGGAAGGAACGGAUUCCCCGGAAGUCCCGGAUUGCCUGGCCAGCAGGGAGAGAGAGGUCCCCCAGGAGAGAAAGGCGAUCGAGGAACUUCAGUAGUUGGACCAAAAGGACUGAGGGGACCUCCAGGUCCACCAGGAGAGAGCAGGACUGGACCCCCAGGCCCUUCAGGCUCUGCCGGAUCUCGUGGACCACCUGGACGUCCAGGAUACGCCGGAGUCCGCGGGCCUCCUGGACCUCCUGGAUACUGCGAUUCCUCUCAGUGUGUCGGUAUUCCUUACAACGGGCAGGGAUACAUAGGUUCACCAUAGUAGACUUUUUAUACCGCCUGUGCUGCUUUCACUGACCAUCUGAAAACACAAAACAAAAAGUCCUGUAACUGAAUCACUCAUAUGCUCUAAAGCUGUUUAAAGGGAUAACCACCAAAGGAAACAAUUAACAAACUGUGCUGAAAACAUCACAACAACAAAGAGGGAACGAGUACUAACGACUCACAGCCAGUAGAGCAAAACACCAGCAGCAGCGGUGAUGGCACCGACCUCUUUAGUGGCCUGUUUGCAUCUUGAAGCCAAAGACCAAACAAAGAAGCCUUGUUCAGUGGAGGAGCAUGCAGCAAACAACACCACCGACAAGCCAAAACAAAUACUAACAAAGGUGGACUUGUACCAGAGAAACCAGUGCAGCCACCUCAGCAUCACCACCCACAGCAGCAGCAGCAACUCUGUUAACAGCAUUUCUCUCCAUGUGACAUGUAAAUAAACUAAUUUGUGCCUUGUAAAUGAUGUUUGAAUCAAGUCCACUAAAUUUAGUCUUAACAUCUGUAGUUUUAAAGCUUGUGCCUUGCAAAACAAACCUGCUGCUUGCUCAAACGCCGACAGAACACUUGUGUUAUUUGUAUUUUUUUUGGUUGUUUUUUUUUUUGUUUGUUUGUUUGUUUUUUUUCUUCAAGUCUUCCCGCCCAUGUGCUUGUAGCCAUUUUAAACUGCUCAGGGUCAUGCUGGUCUGUCCUGCACGUGUGACCCUGCAGGCUUAGAUUCACCACUUCAUGUUUUCAUGUAUCAGGAAAAAAAUAAGAAACAGAUAAAAAUAUGUAGCUUUUCCUUUUUUCCUGUAGCCCCCCUUCCCCAAAAAACCCCAACAACAACAACAAAGAAACCCCACCCACACUACAUCUGGUUUAAAAUACUAACAAAGCUUUCACAAAUUCUCUUUCUAGUCGGGUGGUUGAAGAUCUCAUGUUUUGUUACAUUUUGUAAAUGUAUGUGAUGGAAUUGAUUGCUGGUAAUGCUUGUGGUGAUCAGACUAACACCUAAAAUUCUAACAACACAAAGGGAGAAUAUGAAUGCACUGAAAUGUAUAGCAGGGGCGUGCCCAAAGGGUGCCUUGGGUGACCUGAGCCGUGUUUAAGUGAUAAAAACAGUCUCAUAAAGGCUUUUUUGUAGUGCAGAUACUUUUUUUUGAAGUAACGUUUACUUCGCCUGCAAAUUUAUUGGUUUACCAAGAUAAAUAUUGGCAAACCUUCCCUGUUGAGACCUCCCCUCUAAAGAAUGAAUAAAUUACACUAUGAUGAUAAGACAAACUCAAACCAGUUUGUUGCUGUGUAGCUUUGCUGGUGACAACCAUUUCCCCCUCUGUGUCACACAAGCCACCUAUGACAAUGCCCCCAAUACUGGCCACACCCCUGCUGUUUACUAACUAGCUGUGUCAGUGCUUUAGGUGGAAUCAGAAAGAAACACCACUUUUAACCAGUUCUUCUUGUGCAUGUUGAGAAAAACCAAGAGAAAAUGUGCCAACUUACUUUGCCAAUUGGCCCAAAUGCUAUCUCCAAGCAGGCCAAUACCCAUCUGAACCUGACACCCAAGUAGUCCGGUUCCCCGAGGAGGACGGCGAGUUGCAAAACCAGCGUCAAAAGAGAUCACUACCAAGAAAGACAACCAGCAGGCUAACAUCAUAAAGACAAGUAGUGUUUUCUUUAUCUGUUUAAUUUUCUUCACCUUAACCUGUGUUCGUUCAUGAAAUUAUAAAUAAAAAUGGGGUUUGAUACCUCAAAUUUAUUGGGUAAUACAUUUCAGUGCCUUAAAAUCUAUGUGAAUAUUCUUUUUUGUGUCAGGUGAAGGGUUUAGACUGAUCAGAGGGAAGGACAUGGUUCGGGGGUGACUGGCACAAUUUUAAAAUAGGCAAAAAACAAACUACAAAAACCUGUGAGAUUUCCUUUUCCAUUUGGCUUUUUGCUUGUAACAUAUUUGCAUUGAGUUUGUAUUGACUAGCAGUGUUCAACAGUGUACUCAUUGUAACAAGGCUAGCAAUAGUACAGCAGGAAGGAAAAUGUUCAGUGUCAGGACAUCACAUAUGAAAUGUUUAUUGUUUUGCUUUCACACUUCAUCCAGUAUGUUCAGUAUAACCUUUCUCAUUCAGUUCAUCUUUUAGGAGGUUCAGUUAAACACCGCUUUCAUUUUGUAUCUUUAUAUUUAUCAGUUUUCCUUUAUUCUGUCACAGCUAAUUUUACCAAAGGUGGAAUUGCAUGUCUGUGGUGUAUAUUUAGUACAUGUUCACUACAUUUCAUCUUGUUUUAAUCAGAAUAUAGUUGUCAUCGUCAUUCUCAUCGUAUCAAAUGCGGUCAAAACCUGCGUGCAAGACUAUGGAAAUGGUAUUGCUGCUUCAUGUUUUAACUGCAGAUUGUGAAUUCCACAGCCUUAUUUUCUUAUUUAUUUCUGAAAACAGAAGAGGCAUUUUUCAAUAAAACUACUGAAAAUCUA